AUGACAACUUCGCGUCUCUCGCCGCCGCCUGCACCUACGCCCCAGCGGCAGCCUGUUUCGGCCUGCAUGUCUGCCCGGCUUCGAUUUGUCUCGUUGGAAUUCACUGUCUGCACCACGCAUCUGGUCGAUUCUCCGCCUGCACCAUGCGAGGUUUGUCACUACCCUCGCACGGGUUCGGAGCCAAUCAACGCAACUCCUCCCGCCGGUUGGUUAAAUCGGCGGACACAGUCCAGACCGCUGCGUAAACAAUCCUCCACGACAAUUUUGCAGCGCGACCUUCGACGAAACACGGCUUGUCGGUCUCGUGGACGCCGCCUCCGUGGCGCCGGACGCAUCCUCGUCCAGUUGCCAACUUUCCUUAUUACAUCGUCCGGAAUAAACUUUCCUUUCAAAUGGCGUCCCACUUCUCCAUACACGUUGGGAUAUGGCCUAAAUUGCUAGCGCACUGGGCACUGACUCACCGCCUAGCCGCUACAAGAGAACAUCCCAGUCUAUUUGCAAUUUCUCAGCGUCCACUUGACAAAAGUUCCUCUGUCAUAUAUUUGGUAUCGUCUCGUUUGUUACAUACGAUGCAGAGCAUAGUUCGUACUCCCAUAUGUAUUGCAUGAUCUCUUCGACCGAACGGAGGUAAGCAGUAUACGUCGUCUAUACUAUCUGGGUCGUUAAUAAAGACAAUUUAAAUGUUGCUCUCAGAGCACUCUGGUUUGAGAGAGAAUAUCCUGUGCGAGAAGAGCUUUAAGUGAUCGAUUCAGAAGGCGGCGAUCGAAAGUAUACUUCAAGCAUUUUGCAUGCAUAUCGUUCAAUUGAACGCAGGGCGUAUUAAAGUCCCCCUUACGAACAACGUCCAAUCGACUGCUGAUCUCUUUUAUAUACCCUAGUAAACAAGUAUCUGCGCCAGGCCCCGUCCGUGGUGACCGGCACGGAGCUACAAAUUCGAGGUGCUACAAAGCCCGUGUCUUUAUGGUCUGCCAAAUGGCCUCUGUGUCGUCGGCAAACUUGUCGGUCCUCUCACACACUGUUAAGUUGCUUUUUGGAUACAGGGCGAAUCCUCCGCCCUCACUCUUUCUCCUGUCCUUCCUUAACAGUCAUCAUUCUGAUUUUGCUGCCUCGUAAUCAUUGGAGCUCUGUGACAGCCACGUCUCUGUUGUUACUAUGACAUCUGGAGACGUGUCCGAUACUUGUACUCUCAGUUCAACGAGCUUGAAAAACAGACACUGUGCGUCGGUUUACACGAGUUUAAGUUUACAACAUUCGACGACGCAUAGUUUGGUUUGUCUCCAGCUGUCCAGUACUACGUUGUCGUCGAUAUCAUGAGCACUGGCUGGUUCCAGUGCAACACUGCGUUCCUCUGUAUCACUCGCCCCCUGAAUUAGGUCAGAUGAUUUCCUCCAGCUGCAAGUCUCCCCUUCCGUUAAUUCAUUAAUUUGCGGCAUCUUAGACGUUUAGCCCGUAUGAAAACCAGCUGAAAAAGCCUCCAUGAGAUAAUUUUGGGACCUUUUUUCCUGGGCAGAAGCAAAUCAGCCUCUUCUUUACCAUCCAAAACAAUUCUAAAAGUCUUUGGUCGCAGAGUUUCUGAUGGUUCGCUUACCUUUUUUCCGAUUGUGAAGGCUGCUCAAAUGAAUACAUUUUCACUCGAAUUAAGCAUAUUGUCCAGCAGGUAUUGAAACCCAUAAAGGUCAGCAGAAAUCCUCUCCUUAGGACUAGGAGUAUUUGACUCCGAUAAGCCGUGGGCCACUACACAAUGCCGACAAUCAGGGAGUUUCUUGAUCUGGUUUCGGCCUCAUUGUCGGCUGAAGGUCCCGAAAGACCUAUCGGAGUCGAUCUGGGCUUCAUUCUUCUGUUGUCUUGUUUAACGAGUCCACCUUGUCACGAGUUAUUUCUUAACUAACAGCUAAAGACUCGACUGAACACACUGAAUGCCCGUAAGAUGUUCAGUUCAGUUUUUUGGCGGAAUUAGGCGUGAGCCUCUGAGUAUCCUACGUACAACGUAAAACUAGUCAUGGUUUACAGAGAGAAUACCUGGGCUGAAAGAAUUCAAACGAGCCUAUAAUAGCAUGACGAAAUGGGAAUGAUUCAUAGGGGAGGAGCUCGAUCUCUCAUCGCUCUUGGUCAUUUUGGAACAGAAGUAUGUCAGGGUUCUUUUUAAAACUUUGAAUCAACGGCUACAUUACAACAACUGCAGGAAAUGCAUUUCAUGGUUUGUCCAAUGUGACAGAGACGGAGAGCUUCCGCUCAUCCACCCCUGCCUGCUGAAUGCACAGUUUUAACGGGUGACUUCGGAGGUUGAACAUAGUAGGGAGUUUAAAAGUCCUCAGAUAUCGGGAUGUAGUACGGCUUCCUCACUAUACGGAAUACUUGCAAUAGGUCCCCGCGAAGUUGUCUAUAUCUCAAGGAAAGAGGUUUAGACUUGUCAGGAAAGAAGCUUGGACUCCAGCCAUCUUCGUGGCUCUCUUCAGAACUCUUUUUAGGCAGUUAUGACGUUGAACCGCUGCACUACCCAAAAGGCGGUCUCUCGUGAUGGCGGAUCGGGCUGUGUUGCUCUGUCGAAGUAUGCAACACUUGAGAACGUUGGACCGCAGGAGCCAACUUUUUGACCACUUCUCCAACCGAUUAAGGUUCAUCUACAGUCUGUUUUCGCCAGCGGAGCCCCGAAUUACACUCCAUACCUUCUUGUUGUUGGCAAACAUUGCAGUUUCGCAAUCCUAAGCUUCUGUUCAAUCGUCUACGAGCAUUAGGAACAAAAUCAGUCCCAGCACUGAACUCUUGGAGAACGCCACUCUCGACCACAGCAGGAUCUUAUUUUCCUAAGCCGAUGCACUCAACCCGCUGUCAACCGAUCUCAGAAACACACACAAACAGGUUUUUUUUCAACCGGACUAUUUACCAGCGGAACGGUUGAAACGCCGGGAACUUGUCUUGGAGUUAAAAUCAAGACUGAAGGAUGGCGAACACAAUCUGGCUAUCUUCAAGGGGAAGGUAGUUCGGAAAUAUAUGCCGUUUCAGUGGAACCAGCCUGUAAUACUACGAACGACGACAGAUACUCAGCUAAAACAGACACCUUCGUUGAACCACCUGAUCAAGGCGCCAACACAAGUGAGCCCGUAGCGUCCAGUGAUCUGACUGAAACAAGGCAUGUAAAUGGAAUCAAUCAGGUAACGGAAGAGCCUAGAGAACACGACGUCCGCGAUAACGGAGUAAUGCUCACAGCAGUAACAAAUGCAACGGGAAAUUCGGCUGGUGCUAAACUGAGGUGCUUGUACACGAAUGCCCAAAGCCUCAUAUCGAAACUAGACGAACUAAAACUUUGCCUUGCCGGGCUGUCUCCAGAUGUUUUAGCAGUAACUGAGACCUAGCUGUCCGGGAAUAUUAGCGAUAACGAAGUAGCCUUGCCUGGAUACCAAAUUUAUCGGAGAGACAGGGAACAUCGUCAGGGUGGUGGUAUCGUUGUGUAUGUGAAUGACGGUCUGGCAGUGUCGGAUAACACCACCAAGUUUGCGUGCAGUACGGAAGCUAUCUGGUUGACCAUCAAGGCUAUCAGCUCCCCGUGUCUCGAUGUCCUCACUGUCUACCGACCACCUCGGACAGACAAUAUCGCCGACACUCAACUAUUGGAGCAGUUGGAGAAAUUUUCCAGUCGACCUAACAUCAUGAUCAUGGGCGACUUCAACGCACCAGGAACAAACUGGAAUACCCUCCAAACGUCAGGUCCAAAAUCGGCAUUCGAUUACCGCCUGUUGAGCAAAACAUUAAAUGCGUGCCUCACACAACAUGUAAUGUUCCCAACGAGAACACGUGAAGGACAAAGGGCAAACUGCCUGGAUCUGGUCUUUACGAAAACACCAGACAGCAUAGACGAGAUCGCCUCCAUGCCGCCCCUUGGCCGAAGUGACCACGUAGUGCUUAUGUGGGAUUAUUCGUUAUUCUCCAUUUCACAUACUCCAGACCACAAAAGGCGUCAUGUUUGGCGGGGCGACUUCAAUCAGAUGAGGGCAGACUUAUCCGGUCUUGACUGGGGCUCAUUGUUUACGGGAAGUGCCAACGAUGACUGGGAGCUGUUCAAGAAUGUCCUUCUGCAGCUCAUCAACAACCACUGCCCACUGACUAGUGUAAGACUGAACAAACGCCCUGGGUGGCUAAGUAGCAACCUCAAGAAAGAAAUCAACAGGAAGCACAAAUUGUGGAGAAAAUACUGCGUCACUAGACAAGCUGAAUGCUUCAACACCUACAAGAUAUAGAGGAACAAACUGAGGAAGCUAAUAAUGCAGACGCGGCGGGAAUUCGAGAAGAACUUGCUACAAAAAGCAACACAGAAUCCAAAAUUGCUCUACAGCUACUUCCGACGAACUACAAGUAACAGGCAUCAAAUCCCCUUGAUAAAGACUACUGAUGGCGUUGAGAUCGCUGAUAGUAGGGAUAAAGCUGCGUAUUUUUCACGGUUUUUCCAAUCAGUCUACACAAACGAGGCAAGGUUCCUUCCUCCUUCCACAGAGGAACUGCCGACUCCAAGCGUCAGUGAUAUACUCUUCUCAGAAGGCAGUGUCCGAAGAGAAUUAGAGGCAUUGAACGAAUCGAAGUCGCCAGGACCAGACGAGAUUCCACCCAAGCUUCUGAAGGAACUUGCCAGUGAGCUCUCUGUGCCUUUGUCGAUGCUCUUUCAAACGUCAAUUGACACUGGAACACUUCCUGUCGAUUGGAAGCUGGCGCAUAUUACUCCGCUACACAAAGGAGGUAACAGGGCAGCGAGGACAAAUUACCGCCCAUAAGCUUGACAUGCAUUCUCUGCAAAGUUAUGGAAAGGAUCAUAAAGACUGAACUGAUGCAAUGCCUGGAAGUUCACGGCCUGCUAUCGAAAUGCCAACAUGGGUUCCGAAAAGGAAGAUCCUGCACGACAAACCUGCUGCAAUCUCUCCAGAGCUGGACCCGAGCUCUCGACGACAGGCACGCGGUCCACAUAGCCUUCAUCGACUUCCAGGAGGCUUUCGACACUGUGCCACACCAAAGGCUCUUACAUAAGCUGAACCAGAUAGGGAUCGGUGGCAACUUCCUUAAAUGGAUCGAAAACUUCCUUGAGGGUCGACACCAGAUUGUGUGCGUCGGUCUCGGAAAAUCAGAUCCGGCUAUGGUCGAUAGUGGUGUCCCCAAGGGUUCAGUUCUGGGACCCAUUUUGUUCCUUGUCUACGUGGACGAUGCCGCAAGAGAUUUAGACUGUGAAGUAGCAAUGUUUGCGGAUGACAUGAAGAUACGGAAUGUAAUUCGGGGUCCUGCCGAUGAAGACAGACUGCAGAUGAACCUGAAUCGGUUGGAGGAGUGGUCAAACCGUUGGCUCCUGCGGUUCAACGUUGCCAAAUGUAGCAUACUUCGCCUAGGCAACACAGCCAGAUCCGCCAGCAUAAGAGGCUUCUUUCUGGGCGGUGCAGCCCUACAAGAGGUCGAACCCCAAAAGGACCUCGGUGUGCUUACGACGAGUUCCCUAAAACCAUCCGCCCACUGUUCGAGAGUGGCAAAAAGCGCAAUGUCCGUACUGUACGCCAUCAAGCGUGCGUUUAUGGACUUUGACGAAGAAGCUUUCUCUAAGACAUUCGGAACAUUCGUCCGGCCGCAUUUAGAGUACGGCAUACAAGCUUGGAGGCCGUGGGCUGUUGUGGAUCAAAACUGCCUCGAAAAAGUCCAGAGGAGAGCCACGAAGAUGGUUAGGGGUCAAAGCUCCUUUCAUUAUGCAACACGCCUAGUAAAUCUGAACCUCUUUCCUUUGAGUUACAGGCAACUUCGCGGGGAUCUCUUGCAAGCCUUCCGCAUUGUAAAGGGGUUGGAUUGCAGUCUGGCCUUCGAGGACUUUUUCGAAUUUGCUACCACGACCAACCUCCGAGGUCACCCGUUAAAACUGUGCACUCAGCAGGCACGGCUGGAUGUGCGGAAGUUCUCCUUCUCGGUUCGGGUGGUCAAACCAUGGAAUGAGCUUCCCGCAGAUGUUGUGAUGUCACCAUCUAUACAAAGUUUUAAGAAGAAUCUGGACAUAUUUAUGUUCCGAAAUGACCAAGAGCGAUGA